AAAUAAAUGAAACCUGUAUUUGAUUUCAGAGUCUCACUUCAAUAAACAUAAAGGCAUAGAAUCCUAGAGGAGGCCUUAGCUAGCGUCUGUUCUGAUGUAUCCACUUACAGCUUAAGAAAGUGAGACCCAAAGAGGAAUCCCAGUCAGAAGUUCCAGCCCGCCGCUGUUCUCUGAUGCCAUGCCAGCACCAACACAAUUGUUUUUUCCUCUCAUCCGUAACUGUGAACUGAGCAGAAUCUAUGGCACUGCAUGUUACUGCCACCACAAACAUCUCUGCUGUUCAUCACCUUACAUUCCUUCGAGUCGCUUGAGAUAUACACCCCAUCCAGCAUAUGCUACCUUUUGUAGGCCAAAAGAGAACUGGUGGCAGUACACCCAAGGAAGAAGAUAUUCUUCAACACCACAAAAAUUUUACCUCACACCUCCACAAGUCAACAGCAUCCUUAAGGCUAAUGAAUACAGUUUCAAAGUGCCAGAAUUUGAUGGCAAAAAUGUCAGUUCUGUCCUUGGAUUUGACAGCAAUCAGCUGCCUGCAAAUGCACCCAUUGAGGACCGGAGAAGUGCAGCAACCUGUUUGCAGACCAGAGGGAUGCUUUUGGGGGUUUUUGAUGGCCAUGCAGGCUGUGCUUGUUCCCAGGCAGUCAGUGAAAGACUCUUUUAUUAUAUUGCUGUCUCUUUGUUACCCCAUGAGACUUUGCUAGAGAUUGAAAAUGCAGUGGAGAGUGGUCGGGCACUGCUACCCAUCCUCCAGUGGCACAAGCACCCUAAUGAUUACUUCAGUAAGGAGGCAUCUAAAUUGUACUUCAACAGCUUGAGGACUUACUGGCAAGAGCUUAUAGACCUCAACACUGGCGAGUCAACAGAUAUCGAUGUUAAGGAGGCUUUAAUUAAUGCUUUCAAGAGGCUUGAUAAUGACAUCUCCUUGGAGGCGCAAGUUGGUGAUCCUAAUUCUUUCCUCAACUACCUGGUGCUUCGAGUGGCAUUUUCUGGGGCCACUGCUUGUGUGGCACAUGUGGAUGGUGUUGAUCUUCAUGUGGCCAACACUGGUGAUAGCAGAGCUAUGCUGGGUGUGCAGGAAGAGGAUGGCUCUUGGUCAGCAGUCACACUCUCUAAUGACCACAAUGCUCAGAAUGAAAGAGAACUAGAACGGCUAAAAUUGGAACACCCAAAGAAUGAGGCCAAGAGUGUGGUGAAACAGGAUCGGCUGCUUGGCUUGCUGAUGCCUUUUAGGGCUUUUGGAGAUGUGAAGUUCAAAUGGAGCAUUGACCUUCAAAAGAGAGUGAUAGAGUCUGGCCCAGACCAGUUGAAUGACAAUGAAUAUACCAAGUUUAUCCCUCCUAAUUAUCACACACCUCCUUAUCUUACUGCUGAGCCAGAGGUAACUUACCACCGAUUAAGGCCACAGGAUAAGUUUCUGGUGUUGGCAACUGAUGGGUUGUGGGAGACCAUGCAUAGGCAGGAUGUGGUUAGGAUUGUGGGUGAAUACCUAACUGGUAUGCAUCACCAACAACCAAUAGCUGUUGGUGGCUACAAGGUGACUCUGGGACAGAUGCAUGGUCUUUUAACAGAAAGGAGAGCCAAGAUGUCCUCGGUAUUUGAGGAUCAGAAUGCAGCAACCCAUCUCAUUCGACACGCUGUAGGCAACAACGAGUUUGGGGCUGUUGAUCACGAGCGCCUCUCCAAAAUGCUUAGUCUUCCUGAAGAGCUUGCUCGGAUGUACAGAGAUGACAUUACAAUCAUUGUAGUUCAGUUCAAUUCUCAUGUUGUAGGUGCAUAUCAAAACCAGGAAUAGUGAGUGGAUCUUACCCUGGCAAUUCUCAAAUGAAAUAAAUUUAAAGUGUGGAUAGAUUAAAAAAAAAAAAAAAAAAAAAACGCUAAUAAACAUUUCCAGUGGGUCAUUGCAAACAUUUGCCCAUUUGAUAUCCUAGCAAGUUAGGUACUCCAGAUUGACUUUGUAGCACCAUGAGAGUCUGGUUCUGCCUGGCUUGGACCUCACAGCACCUAUACUUGAGGGAAGUCAUUUCCUUAUUGCAGGUGUCUUGAGACAUUGGCUGCUUUUACCAACCUGAGAAAAUCAGGAUGACCUGGCAAAUAGGAUCUUGAAUAGGCUAAAAGCAAGGAUCUUGCUGGUUGUAUUUUCUUGGUAAAAGGGAAGAAACAUUAUUCGCACCUACAGACCCCUUUCUUCACUAAGAUUACAAUGUACAUGAGAACAUUAUUUAUUGCAUGAGAUUUUCUAGAUACAUAAUCUAUGCAUUAUUCAUAUAAAUUUGUUUUAGCCUGAAGUGGCUUUUCAAAUCCAGUACUUUAAGCCAUAAAAAACCAAGACCAGGCAAUCUGAAUUUGUAAGUUUUUGUGGUUAUUUAACUGGAAUGCUGCUUAAAUGGAAAAACAGACCACACUCCCUUCCCCAUCCCUGAUUUCCUAAUAUAACUGAAGCGUUUUCUGUUUUGCCACAUACUUGACAACAAUAAAAGUUUUUGGUUUUACCUACUCUUAUAAUGAUGUUAAAUAAAGAAAGAUUUUUUUAAUUUGUAUUAAUUAAAAGCUUUAUUUAGUUUAAAAUAAAGUGAUCCAGAAUUUAAAGAAGAGACUGAUAUGUUCAGUAAUUGUCAUCUGUAGCCACCAGCACAUCACUCUUACCAUGUAAUCCCCCAAGGCUUGGUUGGCAUGCUGUAAGUGUGGGUUGGGUAGGCUGCUGCAGGGAAAUCGUACUUCUUGUCUAGUAGUGAUAAGAAUUUUCAUCACUUUUGGGAUUUUAGGGAUGACAUAGAUAAAAUAUCAAUUUGGGGAGUCAGCUUUAAUAGACCUUCCGGUAUUGAGACAGGGGAGGAAAGUUUUUGUUUUUCUCCACUUAGACAUAGAUCAAUUAAAAUAUUUGGUUUGAAAUUACUAAAUGCUUUAAAUACUAUUGUAGCUUAAGAUACGUGUUAAGAUAUACACAUGAGAAACUUUAAAAGGCAACUAUUGUGCAUGCCUGAUGCUUAAUAGAACACUUAGUAGCAUCAAGUGUUGUUUGCAGCACUCUCCAUAAUUAUAUGCAGUCCCUUCUAAUACUCUGUCAAACUAAGUAAAAAUAUACUCAAAUUGGCUUUUGGGGAGCUUAUUUGAUAUGCAUCAAAUGGCAUUUUGUUCCUGUGUUUAAUGGUGAUCUGUGUACAGCUCUGCAUAUAUUUUCAUCACUUAUUCUAGUAUCACUGUUAAAAAAAUGGCUAUGGCUAUGACUAUGUUUGAUAUUCAUGUAGAUAUUAAUACAAAACAUGAUCAGCUUUCCAUCGAGUCAAUUGGUUGGGUGUUUAGGAGUCCUUUCAGAUUUCUGCAGGAUACGAUGUGGAUUAGAUGUUCAAGGAAUCCCUCAGAAUUGUGGAUACUGAAUGCAAUAUUGGCUGCAAAAUUUGUUCUAAUUAAAAAUUGGACUCAGGAAGAUUACAGCUCAGAACAUCAUAUAGUGUUUGUUUUCUGAGGUGUUUAUAUUUUUGUUUUUUAAGUCAGCUUGGAACUUUUUUCCCAGGCAGUAUUUUGGAGGGGGAAAGGCUGUAAGUAUAUAUUUAUUUCUAAACAUUUUGAUGGAGACUUCAUCUUUUAAUGAAAUGUGUAGACUGCGGUAGCAAAAUCCAUUUUAGUUACUAUUUGAAUUGCUUGACCACCACUAAAGAGUUCCAUGUUAUUAUAUACUGAAUACUGUCUUGUCUCUAUAUAGUAUAGGGAAUAUAAGUUUUGUUUCGUGUGGUCAUGAUCAAGGUAGUAAUUCUUACUAUUACACAAGAAACAUGGUUUGCAGCCUGAAAGCUGGUCUGCUUUCUAUAGACAUGAAAAUGCAGUGUGGAGUUGACAUUGUGUAAAUGAAAAUAAUUGAGUGUUAGAAAUCUGAAUGUACUGUCAUCUAAAAAGAGGUUGUGAUUCUAUUGUAAUUGGUUGUAAUGUGAUGUCUAGAAUUAACGAAUAUAUGUAAACUUUCAUGGUACUUAGCUUUUAUUAAAUUUUUAAAAUUUAAACUUUCUAACAUAUGUAUUCAACCUCUGAAUUUAUAUCUAAUCAGUGGUUCAUGAUAAUAUAUACAGUGUGCCCUUAACUAGUUAAAUGGAAUGUUGGUAUGGUAUGGAGUACUUGUUAGGAAAACUGUCUUAUAAAAGAUGUAUCUGUGUGAAGAGAUGUGAAACAGUUUAUAUCUAACAUAGAGUAUGGUCAGAGAAAUGCCCAUGGUGAAUUAAAGCUUCAUAUCUGCUUUCUGAA